AAUCGCAACGCGAUCGAAAAAGAGUGAAAAUCGAGUCCACAUCUGUCAAAUUUGGGAGUGUUUUUACUUGCGUUCGCAAAGAAGUCGAUUUUUUCUCGGAGGAAAAGCGGUCACAUUUUCAGUUCCUGUUUAGUUUUGUCCAUUUGGAUGUCUUCUAUGUUGUGCGCUACGUGACGAAGUACGACAAGUUCUUUCGGAUGUAUAUUUUGGCGUGCGAGCUCUAGCCUUUUUCGGUGCAUUUCUUAAAGCAAGGGAAGAGGGUAGGAGAGAGUGAAACACCUACUAAAAUUCGCAAAAGAAUCCGUAUUGGAAAGCUUGGCCAUCGCCGCGAAAUAUACAUCAAAGACGACGAAUGCCACAGCCGGACCGGGAUAGCGAAGGUAACAACAAAAUGACAAUGAACGACGACGGCAACGGGACGAUAGUGAAUAGCAAUUCCACUACGACGGCCAAUAAUAAUUCGCUGUCGACGAACACAACCAUAACGGCUGCGACAAAUGGAACCAACGGAGGUGCUGGAGGAGGAGCUGCAGGGAUUGCUGGUAGUAAUAACAAUGGAAGCAAGCAAAAUAAUCUUGACAAACGACCAACAAGCAUUAGUAGCAAUAGCAGUUCCAACUCGCGGUUCAUCAUUCCGAAGUCGAAUGAAAUUGAAACUUUGCCUCAGCUGAAGGAUACUCAACAGAGCGACAGGGAAGAACUGUUUAUACAGAAGCUCCGUCAGUGCUGCGUUCUGUUCGACUUUACGGAACCAUUGAACGAUUUGAAGUACAAGGAAAUCAAGCGCUGUGCUUUGCAGGAAAUGGUUGAGUACCUGAGCAGCCAGCAGCAGAUUAUUACGGAACCGAUCUACCCGGAAGCGGUACAGAUGUUUGCGGUGAACCUUUUUCGCACACUGCCACCGUCGUCCAAUCCCAACGGUGCCGAGUUUGAUCCGGAAGAAGAUGAACCGACACUGGAAGCCAGCUGGCCACAUCUGCAGUUCGUGUAUGAACUUUUCCUAAGGUUUCUGGAAUCGCCAGACUUUCAACCAGGUGUCGCAAAACGGUACAUCGAUCACGGUUUCAUUCUAAAUUUGUUGGAGUUGUUUGACUCGGAAGAUCCUCGGGAGCGCGAUUUUUUGAAAACCGUGCUACAUCGAGUCUAUGGAAAGUUUCUCGGCCUCCGCGCAUUUAUUCGGAAACAAAUCAACAAUAUUUUCUAUAAAUUUAUUUAUGAAACUGAGCAUCACAACGGAAUCGCCGAACUGUUGGAGAUUUUGGGCAGUAUUAUCAAUGGUUUCGCUCUGCCUCUCAAGGAGGAGCACAAACAGUUUCUGCUUAAGGUAUUACUUCCACUGCACAAGGUCAAAAGCCUAUCAGUGUACCACCCUCAGCUAGCUUAUUGUGUGGUUCAGUUUCUGGAAAAAGAUCCAAGUUUAACUCAGCCUGUUAUCAAAUGUUUGCUUAAAUUUUGGCCCAAAACGCAUAGUCCCAAGGAGGUGAUGUUUUUGAAUGAACUAGAAGAGAUAUUAGACGUUAUUGAGCCAGCCGAGUUCCAGAAAGUCAUGGAGCCGUUGUUUCGUCAGAUAGCCAAGUGCGUAUCAAGUCCACAUUUUCAAGUGGCAGAAAGGGCCUUAUACUACUGGAAUAAUGAAUACAUCAUGUCAUUAAUAUCGGAGAACUCGAAAGUCAUACUACCGAUCAUGUUCCCGGCUUUGAACAGCAAUUCAAAAACGCACUGGAACAAAACCAUCCACGGGCUGAUUUACAACGCUAUCAAGUUGUUCAUGGAAAUGAACCAGAAAUUGUUUGAUGAAUGCCACCGUAAGUAUAUGGCUGAACAGGAGAACGAGCAGGAAAAGUUGAACCGACGGGAGGAACUUUGGCAACAGGUGGAAAGCCUGGCCCGGCAGCAUCCGACCUAUGACAAGUUUGCAACAAUCGACGCUGACGGAACGACCGCCGGCGAGCUGGCUCUCGCUGCUGCAGGAUCUGCUGCGGUUGCCGCCGGGAACAGUACGGACAAGGACUCGGUCAUAGUGCGAUCUUACAGCAGAGCACCGGUGGCUCAGCCUAAAACAUAAUUUGGACUCGUAUUAAUCCGUUUUUUUGAUACGUCUCUUUAUUUUUCUGUUUUUCUAGCAAGUACCUUUUUUAAACAUAUGAGCGAGUGGAAAAGUCCGUAUACAAAAAGAAAAGCGAAGCAUAUAAAUGUUUUUAACACUUGAAAUAUGAUGCAAAGUAAAAGAAAAGAUUAUUAUUAUAGGUAAAAUAAAAAACAAUUAUUAGAACAGCAAGAAAAAGUGGUACACGCGCGAAUUCGGUUUUUAUAUUUUACAUUGAGCUGGGACAGUAUGUACUCUCAUAGGAAAAAAGAAGGCUUUACUACGGUAUUAAUAUAUUUCGCUUCAUUUCUCCACGAACAACAGAGAAGAAUUAUUAAAAAGUGCAACGAUUAUCGUCGGAUGUAGUCUUUUUGUUACUUUCUGUUAUCCUUCAAAUUUUUCCGACUAGACUUUUCUUCUCUUUACAACGGUAACAUACAAUUAUGGAAGAGAAGAUGAUUAUUAUACUUAUGACUAUUAUCACUACUCCUACUUCUCUUUAAGACAUAGGACUCUAUCUGUGCUAUUACUGUUUACGAAGAAUGCAAAAAUUGCUAUAAAUUAUAUAGGAUAACAACAAUCGCGCAACACACAAAAACACGCUGCCCCAUAUGAUUGGGACCUAUGUAAUAGAAGAUGCAAGUAAAUAAGAUUAUGUGAGACAGUUUUUAUAACGCUCCAAUCUCUGUAGCAGACGAAUGAAGAAUAGAAUUGCAAUGACACUACGCAAAUAGGACGGGGUUAACAAAUUUAGGAAGCAACUUUCGAACGUCAAGCAAGUUUGCAUUUGCUAUAACUAUUGUUUCUUGCGUUACUAAACAAAAAAGGAACAAAAAAUCAUACACAAUUUAUAUAUAUUUUUCCGUGUCGCCGAAAGAGAAGUAUAAGACAGCAAAUUCCAAAUGGUUCAGUGUAAUAUUGACACGCGCAAAAUCAAAGUUGAGUAAGGCAAGGAAAUAAUUGUUAGAUUUUUUCACUAAUAAAAAAGCGAAAACGUGCAAA